GCUGCUCGCUCUGCGCCUUCACACGCCGCUCGGCGGUUGCGUGCGCGUGAUGGUGGCCGACGCGAAGGAGUGCGGCGAGGGCGUCUCCUUUUUGGGCGUGCGCAAGCUGCUGCUCACCGACCUCCCCGCCGACCCGCUCACCUUCAUCCAGCGCGUCGGCCGCUCGGUCCGCUUCAACGGCCACGCAUCGCUGCCGCCUGAGGAGCGCACUGUCGACGUGCUCAUGUACGCCGGCGUGCUCAAGAAAGAGCACUCGCAUCGGGGGACGGAGCCGUCAGCGGACGAGCUGUUGCUGGAGCGCUCCUCCAGUGGCUCGCCGGCGGCGCGCUUGCGCAGCGAGCUGCGCCAGUACUAUGUCGAUCUCGGCCGGCUGAAGGGCAUUGCCUUCGACGAGGGGUGCUGGCAGGAGGAGCCAGAGGACACGGUCCCGGCGGGAGCCGGGGACCAGCCAGCGGGCUCUGCGGCGGGCUACGACGAGGGCGAGGCCAGCGCGGGGGAGGGGGAAGAGGAGCGCUGCCGGCGUGAGCGCGAGGAGGCGCGCAAGCAGCAGCAUCAGCAGCGCGAGCAACCGCCGCCGCCGCCGCCGCAGGGUGCGCCGCCGCCGCGGGAGGAGGAGCAACGGCAGCGGCAGCAGC